CGCGCACAGGCUGAAAUUGUACGACUAGCGCCAUUUAGCAGUUAAUUGUAAAACGGCAGAAAUAUAAACUUAUGUUUCUAUAAUCUAAAAUGUCUUGAACGCCAUUUUUCCUAACAAAACUAGAUUUCCGUUUGACUGCACUCUACACCUGCUGUAUAUAUUGUGCUUAACCUAAACAUAAAGUAAACAAAGAAGUCAUUGACAGCUAUGGCAAGAUACUCGAGUGAAUCCGAUUCAGACCAUAAUAGUAGAUAUCGAAGGAGACGUAGCAGAAGAUCUAGAUCAUCUAGUUCAGAUUCUAGUGACUCAUCACCUCAUAGAAGAAGAUCAUCUAAACACUCAAAGUCUAAACGUAGACAUAGGUCCCAUUCCCGAAGCAGGGGCAGAGAUAGAGAUCGUAGUCAGAAAAGUUACAAAAGUUCAAGGAACAGCAAUUCAAAAGGUAGAGAAAGACACAAGUAUCGUUCCAGAUCACGUUCUUCAGAUCGUUCAAAAAGGAAGGUUAGAUCUACUUCCAGGGAAAAGUCUGGAAGCCGUUCAAGUAGUUCUCAGUCUAAUGUAAAAGCUACUGUGUCUGACAAAACCAAAAACAUAUUAAUAAAAGAUGAUUUUCCAAUUGAACCACGUUUCAAGGAAGGCGUGUUAGAUGAAAUUAAUUCUGAAGGUUUUACUCCUAAACAGUUUUCAUCUAGUACAAAAGAAAAGAAAUUCAAAAAUAUUGUUAUAGACAUUAGUGCAGAUACUAUACAAGUCCCAGCAGUAGCUGAAAUUCCUUGUGGAUCAGAGAGUAUUUUUCAUUCAUCGAUAAUGCUUGAUCAAGAAAUCAGAUUUGAUAAGUGGGUGAAGAAAUUGUAUACUCUUAGGCAGAAGGCUAUAGCUGAUUUAAUACAUUCAAAUGUUACUUGAUAAUCAAAUAAUUUAGUUCUGUACAAAUUAUAUGAGAAAUAUUUGUUUUUUUCAAUUUGGCUGUAUAAACA